AUGCGAUUCAUUAUCGCUGUCAUACAAAUAUUCUCUUGGAUCAGCAUUGUUUCAUCGGAUGAUAUAUUCUGGUUGAGUGUCGAACUGAUGAACAUUGAAUGGCGAAAAGGUUGUUUGACAACGGCUGGAUGUGCUGAGCCACGUUUUAAAAUGAUUGAAACGAAUGCGAUCAACAGUGAGAAGCUGUCGAUCAGUUGGGCGAUUACCGAGGAUCUUGUGCAGGAUCGUUCUCGAGCAUUCGUGACACACUGGAAGCAUGGACAGCCAUCAGAUGUGACGUUGGGAUGUGAGGUGUCCGGGGUGGAUCCAACCUAUGGUUUCACACGAACUUGUGAUUCGACUACAAACGUUCGAAUGUUUCAGAAGACAGUUGAUGAGGAAUUUUUGUUGAAUCGGGUCGGUGAGAUGGAGUUGCCUGUAGUUGACGAAAGUGGUAAAAUGUUAGUGGAGAUGCGGGGCAAAUGCUUUAAUGCGACGUUGGCGAUUGAGAAACACGACAAACGAUGUCCUUGGUGUGUGGAGCACACCGAAGUGGCUGUGGUUGGACAUCAAUUACCAGAUGAUGAUCCAUCAUCAGAAUUUAUGCGAUACUUUGGGAUGGCUGACCAGCUGGUGUACAUCACAGUGAUUGUUUUGACUGUGAUCGCAGUGGCAAGUUCGGGGGCAUUUGCAUGCCUUUUGAUAGCAUAUUUACGUCAGAAGAGGAAUUCAGAGGAACUGAGCAGCGUGAAUGUGAAGAGCAAGGCACGUUUCGGGGUCUAUCACGACAAUUGUCAUCGUGUGCAUGUGGAAUCGUUGCAUGGCUCCGAUGAUAGUACUAGUAGCAGAUACGAGACACCUUGGGAUCAAAAGUACCAUGCUCUGCCGCAUUGGUUAAGCAAUCGUAGCGAUGCGACGUCGACAUCUGCAAUUGACACCGUGUCAACACUGACUGGACCAAUGUCGAAUCACAAUUCAAGAUCCACCAUCGGAACAUGCCAUCUGAAACUAUCACCAAAUCUGACCACUGUUUGCGAUCGUCAUGAUGACAGUGGACUGGAAUCUGUGUGA